CUUACACUAAUGCACUCGUUGCUGAGCGAGCAGAGGAUGGCAGCCUCAGUAAUAUACAGAGAUUUAAUCAGCAGUUGCGCAUAAUGAGGACUACUACGAUCAAGCGGAAACUAAAACAUUACAUAGAAUUAAAAAUAGUAUAGAGCGCUUGGGCAGUGUGGGUCUUAACGCAGCAUGUCCGGAGAAAUUGUGGGAGUGUGGGACAUGUCGCUAAGUGAUGGGGUUUACCGAAUUGAGUUUGAACAUGGAACAACAACAGGGAAACGAGUCAUUUACAUUAAUGGGAAGGAGGUGUUGAGGAGGGAUUGGAUGUUCAAACUGGUGGGCAAAGAAACAUUCCCUGUUGGGAGCACAGAUACAAAGGCAACCAUAUCUAUUGAGGCGAUCACUGGGUUUUCCUAUGAGUACACACUGGAAAUCAAUGGAAAAAGUCUCCAAACUUUUUUGGACAACCGAUCAAAAAUGUCCAAAACAUGGGUGCUGAAACUGGGUGGUGCUGAUUACAGGAUAGUUCUAGAGAAAGACAGUAUGGAUGUAUGGUGCAAUGGACAGAAAAUGGAGACUAUGGGCGAGUUUACAGAAAAUGGAAGCGAGACACACUUUGCAGUGGAGAACCAUGAAUGCUGUAUCAAAGCAACAAGUAGUGGAAGGAAGCGAAAUGGAAUAGUUCAUUCCCUGCUGGUGGAUGGAAUCAGGAUAGAAGAGGCCAUUGAGUAAAAUGGAGGCUAAUGAAAUUCAGCUGUGUGAAACAUUUAGCAACAGUGUACUUUAUCAGAAUUAGAUACAGAUGGCAUCGGACAAGUUUUUUUGUUCAGUGGAUCCAGUAAUGGUAUUUGUUCAUUUAUUUGUUACAAAGAUUUUAAAGUAAAGUACCCCACAAACUCCUUUAA